CUCUUUUCCAGUUUCGUUUAUUUUCAUUUUCCUUCCUUAUUUAGAUUCCUUCUAUUUUAUUAUUAUUCCUAAAAAUCCUUAAACCUAUCACCCUUCCAUCGUAACACCACCGAUUCCUGUCCUUCCACCGUAAUGCCAACGUACGCCACAAAGACAUCGACAAAUCUCUCCUUUCUAAUUCCAUCGAUUCACUACUAGAAAAACAGCUUUUAGCUUCCAUAUUUAGCGUCGACUAACCGCACGCUAGCGUAACAAAUACUUUUGUGUUUUUAUUAAUUAUUAGCGUCGGUGAGACCGACGCUACGUUUUCUGAUUUAUUUUUAAAUAUAACCACCCUUUAGCGUCGGUAAGGCCGACGCUACACUUUCUGAUUUGUAAAAUUAUAUUUUUUAUGUUUAUAUUUUGGCCCCAACCACUAUUUUUAGGCCCAUUUUGUUUCAGCUGAUUUUCAUUUUUUUACAAUCAGAAACUUCAUCUCUCCUCCGUUCAAUCCAAUUUUGAACCCUAGAAUCAAAGCGCGCUCAAUCCAAUUUAUCCUCUGUUCCUGGUAUCCGAUCAUAAAUUUCACAACUCUUACUUUUUGUACCACUACAUUUUUUUUAUGUGUGUUUUGGAUUUUUACUUCAAUUUUGGUAGGUUUUUUUGUUUGUUUUGCUUCUGUGUUUUGUUGUUUGGGAUUAAUAGUUGAGCUAGCUAUGCAAGAACUAAUUACUAGAAACUUGUGACCUUUUUUUAUUUUAUUUUAUGUUUUUGGUUUGAUUAGUGAUUUGUAACUUGUUGAUAGAAGUGCAUAAACAAGUGAUUUGUUUGAUUAGUGAUUUGUCACUUGUUGAUGAAAUUAGUGAUUUAUGUUCGCCACUCUCACGACUCGCCCUUCUUGUGUUUGCCACUGUCACAGCUCGCCCUUCUUGUGUUCGCCACCGCCGCGACUCGACCUUCUUGUUUUUACCAUUUACUUUUAUCUAUGAUUCCAUGAGCUUGUGAUUGAAGGACCACAUCUACUAUAAAUUAAUUUAAUUCACACAAAUCAAAUAGAAAAAUUAAUUAAUUAAUUAAUUCAAUGUACUCAUCUAGUAUAUGCAAAUAUCAGUCACAAGUUGCUCUUGAUACUAAAAUAAGUUGGUUUAUUAGACUUCUAAGACUUAAACAAUAUCAUAUAUAGUAGGUUUUAAGUUGCUGAUGUGAUGAUAUAAAUUAGAACUAGAUAGAAAGUAAUGAAUAUAAAGUUACUAGAUAAAAAGUAAUGAAUAUAAAGUUAAAUUGAGGUUGGAAUUUAUUCUAUAUGACUAAGAUAUAUUGGAUAAAAUUGGUAGGUUCUCAUUUUAUAUUUUGCACAUUAGUGAGCUUUUGUUGGUUAUGAUUUAGAACAAUGACGAAUGAAGGUAAAAGUCAAUCUAUCUUGGUAAGCGGUGAAAGUGGUGCUGGAAAAACUGAGACAACAAAAUUGAUUAUGCAAUAUCUUACUUUUGUUGGUGGCCUAACUGGUAGUGAUGAUAGUACACUUGAACAACAAGUUCUUGAAUUGAAUCCACUUCAAGAGUCAUUUGGCAAUGAAAAGACGGUUAGGAAUGACAAUUCAAGGCAUUUGCUCUUCCUCCUUAAAUUUUUCAAAUAAAGUUGAUAUUUAGCUUUUGGGUUGUCAUCUGAUCUAGUCCACUAUUCAAAUUUAGAAGCCAACAUUAUAGGCUAUGUUUGUUUUGGAUUAUGUCACAUUGUUUAAGACAAACUACCAUCCUGCUAAAGCUGUUGUUGAAUAGCUUUUGAGUAAUUAAAGAGGUUGACAACCCGUCGAUGCAAAUUCCGGCGAUAAAGCCAAUUGUUUUGUUGGCCAGGAUGUUUACCGCUAGAGAGACUCGAGUGACUGAACCUUUAGUAGCACAACUGUGUAAUGGAGAAAUAGAUGUAGCUGAUGAAGCAGUCAUUGCAGUCUCGAUACUGAUGAAACUAAUCGAAUUCCUAUAUGUUGAGCAUUCUAAGAAAACAAUCGAAUUCGAUGUAGUCCUGGCACUGAUUGAACUGCUGAGCACUGAUGAAACUGCUGAGGAGUAGCGAACUAACUGCUGAGGAGAGUUCUUUAAUAUUUGAUCGUCCACUUUCUUUCUAUUGGAGUUCUUUAAUAUUUAUAUUUGUGAAAUUGGUAGGUCAUUGCAAGAAAAUAAACUUUCUGGAAACACUCCAUCAGUGAUUGGUCUCAUGCAAGCACUUGUUGUGUUGUAAGCACUUUUGUUAGUAGACUUAGAAAUAUAUUUCAUAAUAUUUGGCCAUUGAUUUUAUUUUUCAGUUUGGAUUGUUUUUAAUCCGUUUUCUCCCUCAUGAAACAAUCUAUUAAUUGCAUCUGAUUUGUGUUUGAUUUGGGCUGUUUUGUGACUCUUUUUUUUAAGUAGCCAAUUGUUCCAAUUA